UUGAUCCGCUUGACUUGUGAUCUGGUAAAUUCGUCAGGGCAGAGUUCUAGAGGUAAAUAUAUUCACACCGUUACAAGUCGACAACAAAAUCGUUGGCAACCAACCUAUUUCGGCGUGUUUGGUGUUCAAAUUCAACUCUUGUUCACUGUCCUGGAUCAUUUAGUUUUGCCUAUACCUAACGGUAAACCUUCUCGAAAGCAAUUUAGAUUAUUGAGCUGGUUGCUCAGCAUCAUUGAAGUUUAAAACACACUCUGUAUUCAAGUUAAAGGUAAAGUAAUAUUGUGUUAAUGAAUUUAAUGUAGAAUAGAUGUAGAUUCUGUAAAAUGCCUCGCCCAAUGUUUGAAUUCAUACUGUAGCGGGAUAAACUAACUCGCAGCUCUAGCUUUAAAGACAUUGAAAUGUCAAAUCUCUAGAUAUUGUUGGCUAGUUACUCUUUGGAAUGUAGUUUCCACAGGUUAGUUCUAUACGGCAAUUUUUGGUUGAGAAAUCGUACUUGCUCGUGUUAACGAUUACAGUAAAUCUGCUUUGUUUUGCCUGAGCAAGGGAAAGUUGGUUAUUUUUAAAACCUCUCUACUUAAUUGCCCAUAGUCCUUAUAUAGUUUAAUUGGCAUGAAGUAUGAUGCUAAAGAAAAUUUUUAUCGUGUUUUGUCAACAGACUUCGUUCACUUUAUACGUAUAAGACGUAUAAUUAAGAGUGGCACAAUCAUGACCACUGCUUAUGUAGUUGUAUGUUUCAUUUGAACUGUAAAUAAUUUCCAGUGCGUAACAUUUUAAGACUAGUGGAUUGUACUGUACUGGAUUGUUCGGCUUUGAAGUGACGCAUCAUUGGACAUAUAAGCUUGUUGAUCUUUCGGGCUUCGGCAGUUGUUUGCAGUUGUAUUAAGCGGUUCUUGAAUUUUAUUUAGUUGUAAAUUUUAGUAUACUCAUGUAAUUAUGCUGCAGACUAAGUUUCGAGCAGUGAUAUUAGUGUAUAUUUGUGUAUGUUUGUAUUGCUUCUGAAAGUUGUAGACAUGCGUCUUUGCCCAUGCUGUGGAAUGCUUUUGACGUCAGUUUGUGGUUUUGAAUUGCGCUGCGAACUAUAAGUUCAUUUCAUAGUCCAAUAACCUUCAUUUCAUAUAAAUCCUUAUAGCCGAAAAUGUUAAGAUGUGAUUGAGGUGGACAACUUUUGAGGCCUGUUCAUAUCAGCCCAGUUUGCCGAGAAGAUCACCUAGUGACUACGAGGAUGAAUAUCAUUUCUGACAGUGUGUUCAUGUGGCUGUUUUAUCCCACUUAUAAUAUCCCGCCUCGGUGCGAUGACGUUCGCGUCUUCGAAAUAUUUUUCUGUUGUACUAAACAAACUGAACCUUGUAUUACGACAUCAAUAUAUAGUGUCUGUUUAAGUCUACUUUUUUUUUUUUCGGUUUGUAUUUCCAACUAUGCCGUUCUAUAUUAUGGGUCAAAAUCGACAACAAAAAUGUCCAGCCUCGUCAAGUGGGAUGAAGCCUUCAUGUGGAAAAUGUUAUCCUUGCUUUCAUAUUACUAUUCCGAAAUGAGGCCAAAAAGAUUAGGGUUGAGAUAAUGGUUAGGAAUUAUAUUUUAAUAGAGGUUGUUAAUAUCACGAUUGACAGACUAAUACAUAUCCCUGCACGUUCGUAUAACCUGAACACUAUGCAUAUGUCAUAGGUUUAAUUUACCGUAAACUGAAAUGUAACAAUGUCUUGUCAUUUUAAUCUCCGAGUGUCCCCUACACGUGUAAAAAUCUCCCAUCUUGUAGCAAGUCUGCCAACAAGCGUCGUCAACAAGUUAUGUUCACACUGCUUGUUCCAAGUUGUCAACAAGUUUGGAACAAACUGUUAACAACUUGUAACAACCAUAGAUAUCUUAUAUACACUAGAUACCGCAUCUCGUUUAGUAAAAUCGAAGCCAAGAAUAUUCCAGCGGUUACCCCCAUUUGAAUAGAUGGCGGCCAUGUUGAAGUUUCCCACUCGCUAUUAAAUAAACGCUUAAAAAACAACGAUAACUUUCAUCAUUUGAAAUUUUGAAUAGUUUGAAAAUGUAUUUGGAAUAGGUUUAACUUAAUGUUUAAGUUCCCUGUUUAAGAAAUAGAAAACAUACGAGUCUUCUCAAUUCAUGGGAAUAUCCUGUAAUCAUAGUCUGCUCGCAGAUGUAAUCACGGCUUCAAUUUUUGAAUUUCAGAAUAAUUAGAUGCACUAUCUAGUGUAUAUAAGAUAUCUAUGGUAACAACCUUGUUGAUAUUAUCCGACUUAAGCUUGCUGCUAGAGUGCUAGGUUGUUCCAACAAAUGCGAUACAGUCAUGGUAUAACAAUAUUGUUACAACCUUGUGUCGUCAACCUUGUAAUAUUCUUGUUAUACCAUGACUGUAUCAGACUUGUUGGAACAAUUUUGUAACAAGUCUGAUAAUGCCGUCAAGCUUGUUACAAGUUGUUAACAGCUUGUUCCAAACUUGUUCAACAACUAUCAACAAGCAGUGCGAACACAACAUAUUGUCGACAGCUUGUGAACAGAUUUGUAACAACUUUUUUUGCAGACCUGUAACAUGUGUGUGGUUUACCUAUCUUCACUUCAACUAUUUUAGUUCAUUUUAUCACUGCAAUGAGUUUCAAAAUCGUUCGCACGUCAAAGACUAAAGUCACGAAUCUGCCGAGUUUCACCAGCGAUAGUAAAAAAUCAAGCGAGCCAGAGCUGAAGAGGGAAGAGGUUGCACUGGAGGAAAGCAGCGUCGGGGAUGCCUUCGAGGAGUUAUUUGGAGAAGCAGGGCAAGAAGUUAAACCCGAAGAACAGAACGCACCGAAACGUCAUGUGAAAAAGGAUGAUGAAUCUGAUGAGGAACCGUUAGAGGUCGCGCCCGCGAAACGAGAGUACAAAGGUGAUCCGGUAUGUAGCGUCCGGUAGCAUCCUAUAUCAAGACCGUACGCAGGAUUUUUUCACCAGGGGGCAGUAAUACCUAUAUACUGAAAUAAGUACCCAAAAUGUCAAUGCAUUCAGUUAGGUUCAUCACAGUUUAUAGACUGUGGGUUCAUGUAUGCGUAUGGCUACCCCAUACAGAAUCGUGCAUUCUGAUCAUAGACAAUUCUGAUUCACAAGAUUAUAAGCAUAUAUUGGGGGAGGGGGGGGGGGAUUGCCCCUGGUUGACUCCCGGCUACGUAUGGCCCUGACCCCUCUAGAUUUGUCCUAUGUGUUCCUAGCUAGACUUAACUUGACCCAUAAAGUGCAUGACAUGAGUGAGUUGAUAGAUACAUGGUCUCGCUGUUCAUGUGUUAGCUAGGCUAAUGGUAUCACUCAGAGUAACACCACAAACAUCAAUCAUACAAUAAUGCAAAUUGUAGCGGCCAGUUUUCAAAUCGACCCUACAUCUAUUCUGUAUUAUCGUUCCAGGUGGAAGAAGGUGUCAAUCCAAGUAAGACAAGCGAUGGGGCGGACGCUGAUCUAGAUGAUCUUAUAUCAGCAGCGAUGGGAGAUAUGGCUGAUGAAGAUACGAAACAUGAAGAAACCAAACGAUCAUCUUCCACUCCAAGUAAAGACGAUGGAGGCGUGGAUGACGCAGACUUUGGGGGAUUUUUAAGUAUGAUUAGGGAUGAUAGUGAACAACCACCACCUGUUGAGAACAAGAAAGUUGAUGAUAAACCGCGUGAUAUUCCUGUUGAUAGGAAAUCUGGCGGUGGAAAGGUAUAGCUAACUUUGUAUAUCUUAUAUUAAAGCUUAAAGCUCGGGACAAACUAGAAACACUGUUGCAGAUAGAGCAGUGCGCCGGAACCGGAGUUCCGGCAUAUUUUGCCGGAGUUGGAAAAAUUAAUGAAAAAUUAUUUCAUAUUUCAAUGAACUUUUGGUAAUGGAAAAAUUAAGUUGAAUGAUUUGAAGUUACUAUAUAUAAAGUUUAAUUACUUGCCCCGGUGUAUUUUGGGCGAAAAUACCACGCUGCCAUGCGGUUGUACUUUCUACAAAACAUUGUUUAAACAAGCACCGAAGCACGUAUAUUUGGUAAGUAAAGGAGAAAGCUCAAAAAGGAAUAAUAUAAAUUCUGAAAUUACACUGAAAUACUUUCGCCUGCUUCUACUGUUAAAUAUGAAAUUUCCUUAGAAUUUCCUUGCCGGAGUUUUGACUGCCGGAUCUAAAAUAACCGGAGUUUGCACAGCUCUAAUUGCAGAAACUUAUACUACCAUGACUCAUGAGUCUACCAUGCUUUUAUGGUCGAAAACUAUAGUUGUCCCAGCUUUGUCACAGCCGCUCUGAAGUUGUCUUCAACUUUUUCAGCCAGGUAAUGGCGAGCAAAGUGAGGACUCUGCAACUAUAAAAUAUUUUCAACAUUCCUAAUCACUGUCUAUAUAUUUCUUUUCAGCCUGCCUCAGGUUCCACUAAAACUACCACCUCGUACUCUUUCUCAUCCAAAUUUGUCCCCAAUCUUCCCGCCAGUUUUUUCAAAGAUAUCCAAACGAAACUGGAAGAUCUCAUAUUUAAAUUCGAGUGUCUGGACAACGAGUACGCCGCAUUGCAGAAGAUUAGUCAUAAAGUGUAUAUCGAAACGAUGGACAUUAAGAAAAUAUUCUCCAAUGAAAGCUAGGAACUGUUUAUGGACAAUUUCUUAGGUCUCAUUAUUACGUUCUCCUGAUUAUAGUUGUAUUCUACUCAUUGGUAUGAAAUGGACCUAUUGUAGAUUAAUGUAGUACAAAGUGACCACUGCCCCACUGGUAUUGCCUUUUUUUAGUUUAAAAGUUUAACUGAUCGAAAUUCAAAAUCAAUUGUAAUUCUUGGUCAUACUUUUGUUUAAUUGAGUAGGUAAUAUUGUAGCGAUAUUGGCCUAUUGUUUAGUAAUAAAUCUGGUUCAAAAUUUAAUUACUUUG